AUCCGAUUGCCGAUUACCGCCAGUGUUGUGUCAUAUCUCGAAAUGCAAGAAAAAGUAAUAUCGUAUGUGGUACAUUUCAACUAUUUCGGAAUUUGUAACAAGUUAAAACUAAGUAUAAUGGGUGCUGAAGGAAGUAAAGAAGUUAGCCUAUCACCGAUUCUGACAAGAAAACCUACUAGGCCUGUUCAGAGAAGCGGUCGAAAUCGGUCUUCUGUUAGACAUGCAUUUGGUCCAAGUGGAAAGUAUACAAGUCUGACUCGCAAUAUGUCAGCCACAUCCCCAACGACAACAGUGCCUGGGGCGGCAGCACAGGCAUCAGGAGGUCGAAAGAGGGAACAUGGAACGUCUAGAGCAUAUACAGUAGAAGAUCAGGCAUUAGAUUCAAUAGCAAAAGAGGCAGAAGCUCGUCUUGCAGCUAGAAGGCAGGCAAGAGCUGAAGCCAGGGAUAUCAGAAUGCGUGAACUAGAACGACAACAGAAAGAGGCUGAAGAUGCAAUGGAUAAAGAAUUUGAGAAAGCAAAAGAAGAAAAAAGAAUUGCUUUGGAAAAAACAGGAGUUGUUGACCCAGAGGUGACACAAGAACCACCAUUGGUUAAGCAUUCGGUGUCGGUCUCAUCAUAUGCAUCAACUGCUAGCCCGUCAACGUCCAGGAGGGAAAGUAUAGACUCGACAGAUCAGGACACAAUGAGGGUAACAAUAUCUGAAUUAGAGGAGAAAUAUAAGAAAGCUAUGAUGGCAAAUGCUCAAAUGGACAAUGAAAAAGCAGCCUUGGUUGCCGAGGUUGACAUACUUAAGGAUACACUUGAAGAGCAGGAAGAAAUGAUGUACGAAAUUCAGAGGGAAGCCAGAGAAAAACAUAGGGAUUUAGAGUUUAAAAAAAGAGAGGCAGCCGGGUUACAUAAUGAAGUAUCAAUUCUUAGAGAAAUGUUAGAACAAAGAGACAAACUAAUUGAGGAACAUGGUCUGAUAUUAGUAGGAGAAAAUGGAGAAGGAAAUGAAAAAGAACUAAAAGACAAAGUAGGAGCAAUAGUUGUAGUGUCACCUGAAGCAGCGGAGAUGUUGGAAAUGGUUGGCGAAGGCCCUCUGGAUGUACGGCUCAAAAAGUUUGUGGAGGAGAAAAAAGAAUUACUUGAAGAGAUUAGAAUACUUAAAAUUGACUUAGAAAAUGAAAGAGAUAAAUUAGCGGUGGCGGAGAGGAGAAGAACGGCGCAGGCGCCAUUACUAAAUGGUCCGGAAAUGAAUGUCUAUGAUAUACAAAGAGAAGCCAGCAAGCAGGUGAAUGAAAUGAAAUAUAAACUUCAAAAUGCGGAACAGGAACUCACAAACCUUGAAGCGAUUAAUUCUCGAUUAGAGGGUCAAGUUAAACGUUACAAACAAGCUGCUGAAACAGCAGAACAGUCAGAAGAAGAAAUGAAAUUAGAUAAAAGGAAACUCAUAAGAGAGAACCGUUCUCUAAAAGAUCAAGUUGAAGAAUUAGAAACAGAAAAAGGACACUUGAAGAAACGGUUAGAAAAAGUUCGACAAGGCAGAAUCACCAGUACUAAAAUAGCAGAGGUGUAGAUGUCAUUAGUUUAACCAAAAUAAAUUGGCUAAUUAGUACUUAAGGUAAUUUGAGUCCAAGCAAUUUUUUGUCAACAGGAAAUGGCUAACAAACUAAUGUACAGAGAACACAUCGCUCAAUUCUUGGAGAAACCAGUACAGUAGAGUAAUAAGUACUGUAUAUCGAAAUGGGGUAUUUGCACUAGGUGCAGUAUCAGAACGUGUCAGUGGUUUAAACUAAUUUUAAAUUUUAAUGCUGAUAUGUUUAUGGUAGAGGUUAUGUGUUUUACUUUAAGGCCUUAAGACUUACAAAGGAGGCAAAUAGUGAGCCAAGCUGUUUGCUCACUGGUCAGUUUUUCUGCCAUCGUGACUGAAAGAUAAGGUGGACACAAGUAGGUUUGAAAGGACUACUGCAGACCAGUAGAGCUUUGAGAAUCCUAAACUGUGAAGUUAUUAUACGUGUGGAUACAGGAUGUUUCUGCCGGGGGCUUUGAAGUACCCGUCGUGGACGUAUGGUGGGAAGAGUUGGAGGUGUUCCCAGUACAUGGGCCAUUAUAGCCUCCUGAAGCUUUGGACUUUAGCCAUUACAAUCUCUUGUCUAAAAGAUUUAAUGAUUGGCUUGAGAUUUUUUUGGCUCCAUGUAGAAUGGGUGGGGGAUGGGGUAUGCCCUUUUUGCCUCCCAUGGAUUGUCAACUGUGUUAUUGUAGUUCUGUGCCUAAACUGACUAAUCAUUUUCAAAGUAUCAGUAGUAAGUUAUUACUGCCCUGUCAUCUAUUUUAUGAUUGCUGUACUCAAUGUUAAAUUGGAAAUAUUAAAGAUUGGAGUAACAAGGAUUACAUGCAAUAAUAUAUAAAUAACUGUAAUUAUAUGAAUUGUAGUUUCACAGUUUUGAAUUGAACUAAGAAGAAUACUUUAUUUCUCGAAAACUAUUUCUCAUCUUUAUAUAUCACUGAUAAAGUGUUUCUUUAUAACAAUAUCAAUAUCAUAUCGAUGAAUUUAUACAACAUGAACAUCAUACACUCUCCACUGAUUGGUUGAUACUAAUAUUAUUUUCAUUUACAUACAUAUGAUUUUUAAUUAUAGUAAAUAACAAUUAUAAUAAUAAAAAGCUAUUUAUUGAUUAUGAACCAUCUAAAAUCAAUAAUGAUAAAUAUAAUUAUUUAAUAGUCGAUGUAUGAUAAACAUUACCUUUCAGUGUUGAUUGUUGGUUAUUAUUUAUGUAUUUAUUCAAUACUUAUCAAAGUAAUGAUAAUAAUAAUAAUAUUACUACUCACAAUGAUGUUUUUUUCAUUAUUUAUUAUAAAAGGGACUGUAACAUUAUUAUUAGUAAUCCUGCUAAUUUUAAGUAACAAUAAGUUAAAAUAAUAAUUUCAUGUCAGUUGGGUUGCCAACAUACUUUAUAAAUUAAAGAAGGUUAUAUGGUUAAGAUUAAUAAUUUUCAUACAUCAUACCAAUUGAAUACAAUAUUAUUUGGUCCUUGUUGCUCCAUUUGUCAUUGUCACAAUCUUAGCACUAACUAGUAUGCCUUAUAUAUGUGAAGCGCUUUGAGGGCUUGUUCACAUGACAUAUUACAUCAGUAGAAUAUGGUAGUUAAAAACAUGGGUAUAGUUUGCACUUUUUCACAACAGAUUGUUUAGUGGUUGUAUGUUUGUGUUUGUUUACUCCACAUGAUUGUUAUUUGAUUAAAUAGUCCAAUCAAAAAGUACAAAAAUAAUGUUCGGUUGGUUUGAGGUGAAAGAUGAAAAUUAAGUUAAAUACAAUUUUGAUGAUUUUAUAGUGUAAAAAAGAAGUAGAUUUUUUAUAAUUAACAAUGACAUUUAAAAUCUAUUUCUUUUUGUAGGCAAAAUAUAUAGAAAAUAGAAAGUUGUUUUUAGAUAACAUUGCAGGAAUUGAGAAUUCCAUGUGCAUAAAAUAUUGAUUGAAAUAUUUAUUUAUAUUUGUUACAUUUAUUGAGACUUGACAAUAGAACUAUUAAUAUUGGUUUUUUAUUUAUUUAUUUAUUUUUUUCAUGACGUUAAAAUGUUUGUUUUUUUAUGCAACUUAGUAGAAAUUUGGGUAAGGUAAGUUGCUGUCCUUGUGUCCUAAAUAUUAUUAUUAUUAUUAUUAGGUGUUGUCAGGACUAAUCAAAUUUUGAAAAAAUUUAUUUUUCUUUGUCUACUUUCAAUAGAUUUUACUUCUGUUAAUUGGCAAUUCCAUUAAUAAGAGAAGAGCUAAGGAAGUUUCCCCAGACAUUAUAUGAUAAUUAAAAUAGUUACUAAAAUGUACAUUUCCUAGUGAAUUUAUGUAAAUGAGGGGUAAAGUUAAGGUUCAUAGUGUAUAGCAGGUUUUUACUCUAAUGAUUAACAAGAUGAAAGGGAUCAAUUGCUUGUAGCUCAUUCUGUAUGUUAUGUCCAAUUUUAAUCAAUGAAGGAAUUGCUCUGUUUAAACCCAUCAAGAAAUGCUGUGUAUUAGAGUUAAGAUUAUUAAACACCCAUAUGGCGGCAAAACUACUGAAUUACUUCGUAGAAAUUAUUACAAUCAAACAUAUAAUCACAGUCAUAUAUAUUUUCUCAUUAUACCAUGGAGGAUUUUUUUACCAUUUCUAAUUUAAAUCAAACACACUCUAAUAACAGUAAUUUUACUUGACAAGACUUAUUUAUAUCUUUUUGUUUUUAGAAUCAGUAGAAUGUUAAUCUACUUUGGGUAUGAAAACUUUAUGCGGAUUUCCAUUCAAGUUAAUGGAUAUUAAAGCACAUUUGUUGAAUUGGUGAAAAAAGUAUGUAUUUAAAUUCAAGAUAUCAAACUGGGCCUAAAAAUUAUCAGUAUUUGUUUAAAUAUAAAAAAACGUUGCUGGUGAUUAAUUCCUUCAUUGUUAAUUUUUAUUUUGUUAAACAUACAUUUGUUGAUAUUGGUUUUUUUCUUUCAAUUUUUAGUGUUUUUGUUUUAUCCAUAUUUAUUUUACUGUUUUGUGUUAGUAUUUUUUUCAAUAAUAAUCAGAAUUGUGUACAACUUACUUUAGAGACAUAUGGAAUAAAUUAGUAGGACUAUACAAUAAUUAUUUGAUUGUAUAGUCGACCCCAAGAAUAAGUUGACCUGGAGUGCAAGUCGAUCCGGAAUAUAGGUCAAUGCCAAUCUGAGAACAAAUACUAAUUUUUAUAUGUCGAUUCCUGAAAAUUAUUAUGAGGGAGAAUACUCACCAUAAGGAGAACUCAUAUAAUUGCCUUUCUAAAAACUUGUAAAUUUAAGCGAGAUGUUUAUGUGGGAAAUUUUUGAUAUUCACAAUUUUUUUAGCUAUUCGACUUUUUCCUGAUGUGUAAUUUAGAUUAAUUGAAUAAAACAAUUACAAAAAUUAAUAUUCGUUAUAACGAGUAUCAUUGAUUUACAAAACUAAAAAGCGUCAUGUUAUAUGGAUCAAAUGUGAAAAGAAAAAGCCUAAUAUUGUUUCAUGUGAAAACUUAUUAACAUGUGCCAAUGUUUGAUGAAAUAUUCUUCCAUUAUUUUUAUGUGAAUUUGUGGUUAAAAUAAUGUGCUCUGUGUUGGUCUUAUAAAAUAGAAUUGUUUUUAGUUAUCUCUUUGAGCUAUUAUGGAACUCUGCAAUUAUGUUUUAGUUUCCAAGUUUUUUUAAAGGGUAGUUCUGUACAUGGCAUUAUAAUUUUAUUCACUUUGAUGUCCAAAAAUGAAUGUAUGUAUGUGGAAACAUAGUCUAAAGUUUUUUUUUGUUCUUGUUGUUUUAAAAACACCUAUCAAUAUACUAGGAUAUACUUUUUCAUUUACACUUCAAUUAUUUUUAUCAAGUUUUACCAUUAAUUUUUGAUCAAAAUGUAUUGCAGUUUGUUUUUAAAUUUCUUGACAGUAUUGAAGUUGCUACAAUGUUUUUCACUGCAUAUUUUUACACUCUGAUGUAAUCUGGAGGGCUUCCCAAUUCAACCGACCAAUUAGCGUCGCCAAAGGCUGUCGGCAGUAGCAUGAAACAAUUUCAUGGAAACCAGUCGUAAGAGGCAUGAUGGAUUGGGAAAACAGACCAGGGAGAUGUAAAUAUUUUCAUCUCCCUAAACAGACAUGGUAUGAUACUAGCAUGGAAAAAGUACUGUAGGACUCUGCUUUCUCCAUGCUACUAGUAAUAUUUUUAAUAAAAAAAUAAGUCAAUGUGUACAUUUUAGAAGAGGCAGACAAUUCAUGAUAAAGAAUACCGAUUAAAUUAUCUUCAUUUUUUUUUCUAAAAUAUAAAUAUGAUUUUCUUUUUUAAUAUUCAGUUAUAGUAUUUUAUUAUCACUUAAGAACUCUGUUACUAUAUAUAUUUUAGUUUCAUAUUUUUUUUUUUAAAUGAUUUCCAAAGGUAGUUCUAUUUUAAGUUUAGCAACAUUACUCUGCUCAGAAUCAUUGUAUUUUGCUUGUAUUAAACAAAUUGUUAUAUAAAAAUAGACUUAGGGAAAUAUGAAUGAUGUUGUUUUUCUUAUCUGUCUGCAAUAAAAUAAAUUGCAAGAAAACAUGGA